CUCUCGACUGUAGGCCUCUCGCGCCAAAACUCAGGAGAUAGCAGAAAUUCUGACUCCAGCAGAAACCUAAUCAGAUUACCUUCUACUACUUCACUCGGUUCAAUCGGUUGUGGCAGAUGGACGGGAAUGGAAAGACGUGACUCUUUUUCUUCAGCUCGAUCAGUUGUUACCUCUACCAACAACAGCUCACCUCCGCUCUCCAUGAAAUCAUUCUCUGAACCUUAUCUUCUCGACGAUCCGUUAGUGGUGUUUUAUGUUGACAGUAGUGAGGAUGAACAGAGUGCUCGGGGUUCUCAGGAGUCGCUAAUGCAAAGUAUAAUCAUACAAGGAGAACAGAUUCCCCAGAGUCUGGUUGGAAAACUCGCUUUCUCCACUCGACAGAACAGUGUCAUGUCCAACAUGAGCGAUACUUCAAGUGUUACUUCGAAUCUUGAGCAACAAUACGAAUCUAAAGCUAAGAAAUCUUCCGGAGAGUUAUAUAAAGACUAUGUUGGGAUAAUAGAAAGCGUCAGAUUCUCUUCACUCAGCCACUCAACUUUACCCUGGAAGGUUAUCGAUCAAAAGAGAGGAGUGUGGAUUUUGGAAAACACUGAUUCUGAUAAAUUACAUAUCUGCGGUGUAACAAGAGUAAAUGCUGACUGUGAUACCCUGGUGGACUACCUGAACAAUCUGAACAACAAAAUUGAGUACGACAAGUUCCUCCAUAAAGCCAUGGUGGUCGAAGAAAUCAACGAGAAUCUACAGAUAUUGUAUAUGCAGUUCAAGACAAAACACUGUCUAAUGGUACAGUAUGAAAGAGACGCCUGUGUUUUUCAAUAUGUCUGCAGAAAGGACAAAAAAGCCAUGUUGGUCACUGGGAGCAUUACUCAUCCGAACUGUCCUCCUGAUAAAGAUAUUACCAGGUUGUCAGUGGAUGUGAGCGGCUUCAUCGUAGAGUCUUUACCUGACGAUCCAACUCAAUGUAGUCUUGUUUUCGUUUCCAAGGUCAGCAUGGGUCCUGGUUACUUCCCUCACUCUCUCCUCUGGCUGGUUAAGAGAAGACAACCCCUACUUUUAGCUCGAAUUGCUGCUCACUUUAAAACUAAAAAAUGAGGGAAACUGACGUCAUGUAUCUGUAACGCAGUUCAAACACAAGGAUUCGUUUUUAUACGAGGGCUAUAAGGCCUGGAACUGUUAAUGAUGAUGUGAUGAAAAUUUAUCGGAAUACUUACGAUUCUAUUUCAUCACACAUUUAUGUGUUUGUGAACAGUUUAUUAAAAAACAGUUUAUUAAAUAAACUGGAUUAAGGAGGAUUUACUUGGCCGAGGGUUACAAAACCCCGAGAUUUAUUAGCAGUUUAAAUUUUACUGCUUUAUUAAAGUCAGCACAGUAUAGUGAGAUUUUAUAAUUGAUUUGGCACAAUAUUGUUAGGUUUUAAUGGAUGAUCAUCCCCAAAUUACUUUUUUUCUUAAAAUAAUGGUUGUAAAAGUAAAACAUAAAGUUUUGUACAAUGU